GUUUCUAUAUCUGUAAACAUGAGUCAAAACGGUGACGUUUUGCAACCGGAAAUCGAUUCUGCUCGGAAUACGCUCCGAAAACGUUGGGAGUUAGCUUCUGUUCUCAAUUUCUUUAAGGUGUUUGAGCCUGUUAUAGAAAGCAAUUUAAAAGUUUCUGCUGAAGAAAUUGAGACGGCACUGAUUAUACCAAACAAGUGUCUUGCACAGCUUCAUAUAUCGCUCUUAAAGGGAAUUCCACCAGUAAGUAAAAACUUAAAGGACCCUGAUGUUUGGGUUGUGGCACUCUCUAAGAAGCUUGUCAUGUGGUGGCCAUGGGUUGGUGAGGGGAAAUGUCCAUUAACUGCAGCUAAAGGGGCGGAGAUGGUAACAUACAAAGAACUUGAUGCUACAAGUCGUCUCACAAUUCUCAAAGCACUUUGUGAGAUCCGAGCUGAUCAACAAGAUGUGGUGUCAUACAUCAAUGAUGCAGUGAAAUCUAAGAAUGAGCUUUCUACUUUCCGUAAAACUAAUAUCGGGGAAGAUGGAAAGGGGACUUCAUAUUGGUUGGAUGGCAACGAAAUUAUUGGUCUGAGAUUGUACAAGGAAGUCAAUACUUUCCUGAAAAAAGGGUCAUCAACAACUAUCAAUUGUCAGUUGGAAACACUUGCAACUAACCUAGAGGAGUUCCAGAAAGUUGUGGAUGACUUCUCAUCCAGUAAAUCAAAACUGGAAGUUGCUGUUAGUGCUGUUAUUGUAACUGAAGCCAUUCCUGUUCUUCAAAAAGCUUUAAAGAAGCAACAAAGAGCAUUGCAAAAGAAAAAGAACGAAGAGAGGAUCAUGAAUAAUUUCUGUAGAUCUGGAAUCACGCGCUCCUGUCGCACCCGUACACCUAUCAGUUACACAUUUGAUGAAUAUGACAAAGCCAUAGAUGAGGCAUUACGAGAAACCAAGAAGAUGAAAACCAGCGACAAACAGAAGAGUGAGAAAAAAGAAAUUGUAGAAGGUGAGGAUCCGAAACAAGAUCAACCUACAAAUGGCGAGUCCUCCGAAUCCGAUUAUGAAAGCCAUAAGUUUGAAAUCGUAGAUGAUUCUGAGGACGGUGGUGAAGAAUCAGAUAAAAAUGAUGCCAACAAAGAAACUGCAAAUUAUAGCAGCAAAUAUGGAAGGAUGCAAACCAGAGAUGAACAAAGGAGGAAGAGAAAGGAAAAUGUAGCAAAUGAGGACUCCGUGCAAGAUGUUGGUGAGCCAACUGAAUCUGACUCUAAGAGCAGUGAGCUUGAAGUUGAAUAUGUAUCUGAUGACUCUGAUGAAGAACAAGAUGAAAGUGAUGAUGAUUACAAAGAUAACUCAAACAAUGGUAUUAUGGAAAAUGACAGCUGUGCUAAGAAGACAAUGAAAAGUAAGAAACUAACCGUGGAUGAUGACCAUUCGUUUUAUCAAAUUGAAAACUUUGGUACAAAGAAGAGAUUAGGUCAAAGGCCUAGCCGUAAUGCAGCUCUUAUGUCUGCCAUUGUCCCAGAUUCAGAGGAUGAUAUCUCUUCAGAAAAUAGCGAUAGGUAAACGAUGGGGAUGGUAUGUACAGGUUGUAUUUUAUUUCGUAAUCGAAAAAUCAAGAUGGUUUUUUGCAGAAAGAAAUAUGGUUGUAUUUAGCAACUUGGUGUCAAGGGGAGAUUACCAGAUAGGUAGAUUGACUGUUGGAUUUUGGUCAGGUAGACACAACCGAUCUUUUUGGUCUGUUUAAUUGGUGCAAUGAUAAUUAGUAUUACAAGGACGAAACGGUUGUAUCUUUUGUAAAGUAUAUGGAGUUAUUUUGGCUGAAA